AUGGAGACCAGAGGACCUUCUGUAAAUGUUAGGCUGUGGCUGGUGUGGCUGCACGGGUCCCGAGGGACCGAAGUAAAGAAACCGGCGGAUAAAUCCCCCCACAAUGGCGGCCAUUACGGCGAUUACGUCACGCAUAUUAAGCUCGCUUUCAUCUGGCCGCCUAUUGUGCGCGCGCGCCGACUUCCGUGUGCCUUCUACGACGAGAGCGAAAAGCAUAACCGCGAUGAACCAGCAUCCUCCGGCGACAGCGGCGACGAAAGCGGCAGCGAGCCUGAGUCGCCGAGUGAGAAGCGGGCGCAGGCACAGAGCCUCAGGGCCGAGUGGCUGGAGCAGACUGAGAGAGAACCUGCCGCCAGGCACAGAGCCUCAGGGCCGAGCGGCUGGAGCAGACUGAGAGAGAACCUGCCGCCAGGUGAGACAGUGAUAGCUUAUUUGAGCAGGGCAGGGCAGACCAAUUUUGACCAAUGUGUGUUGCCAGAUGAGCCAGCAUCCUCGGGCGACAGCGGCGACGAGAGCGGCAGCGAGCCUGAGUCGCCGAGUGAGAAGCGGGCGCAGGCACAGAGCCUCAGGGCCGAGUGGCUGGAGCAGACUGAGAGAGAACCUGCCGCCAGGGACGUAUCUGAACCUCACGCGUCCACAUCCUCCACCACCCAAGAAGCUGAUAGCAGUAAAUCAAGCCAGCCAUCUUUACCAAAACUCAUGCCCAAGAUUGACCUCCCUGGCGGUGCUAUGCUCUACCACACGGGGGUUCUAGCUGGACUGGACGGACUCGGCAAUAACAUGGGAAAUAUUGGCAACAUCGGGAACAUUGGCAACAUUGGACUUGGGAAUUUAGCAAUGGGAUAUCCACAUAGCUUUAUACUGGGACUAGCAAAUCAAGGACAGGAAGGUGCAUCAUCAUCAACCCAGCCGCAGUUUAUUACCAUACCGCUGUCAAUGGCGAUGGCCAACCCGACCGCCUCCACGUCCAAUGGGUGUCCAGUCGGCGCCUCUAGUGACGACAGCAGCGAGCUACAGGACCUCAGCACUGGGAGGAAGUGACAUGGGCUCCAAAGGAGCUACCACGGACGGCGUAUCGCUUAAAUAUAUUAUAGGAACCAAGUUACUGAAAAUUUGCUUACCAAAGUUAAUAUUUGGACUUGAUAUUACUGUAUAAUGUUUAUAAAUAAAUUGUUGUUAAUCAUCAACUAGUUAAUUUGUGCAAAUGAUAUACUCUGUAACAUAAUUAUGUAUUGCAUAGUACAAUAAUUGCUUCGUUAAAAUCACCAUGCUUGACGAA